UCAGGCAUUGCAGGCAAAAUUAACAGGAAAAAGAUUUACCCAUUAAUGUAUCACUUUUGAAUUCUUUGAAAGGACACAUUCACAUUCUAAAAAAAUCAGUUUCCAUGUCUGUCAGUCUACAUUGACCUUUAAACUGAAAAUGGCACAACAGCACAGUCACAGGGCUAAACAACUGACCUAGAUGAUUUCAGUAACAACAAAAAAAAUAACUAAAAGGUAUUUCUAGUUGUUGCAAUUUUUUCACUUUUUGUUGUGGAAAGGUUUAUUAAAUUAGCAUCUAACAAUUGAUUGCAGACUGAACACUGCCUUUUGUGGAACGCUGAAAAUGGGUGAAGUUGACCGAUUUCUUAAGAUCUCCCUGCUGCUUUACAGCACUUUGCUUCUGGCCUCUGGGUGUGCCAUACUUGGAUACUCCAUAAGAGCAAGAGUAAACCUCAGUGGCUCAAAUGAAUUAUCUCAAAGGGUGUUGGCUAAGCUUCUCAUCUCAAUUGGCUCCAUCAACGUGAUAGCUGCUGUAAUUGCUUGCUGUGGUGCUGUGAAAGAAAACCGCUUGAUUCUUGGGUUGUUCAUCAUUGGAUUGGCUGGUGCUUUUGUGGUAUUGAUUGCUACAGGCGUUUUUGCAAUUAUGACCAAAAAUGAGAUAUUGAAUCCUCAGCUGAGCUCAGAAAGUGGUAGUGGUGAUGGUGCCACUGAUACACCAGACCAAAGUAAUCGGGUGUUGAUUUCCAGGAAAUUACUAGAGCUAUGGCCUGUAGACCAAGAAGAAGAUGUAGUUAAUGCAGCAACGAUGGUCUUGAAUAUCAUUAUAGGGAUUGCCUUUGGAUUUGCAGUAUUUCAGCUACUUGGGAUACUCUGCUCAGUUGUUAUGUGCUGCCAGAUGUAUGCCGAAUGAGCUCCAGAAGACCUUAAGGGGAAGACGGUAAUAUUUGCAGACGUGAGGCAUCAAUAGUCUGUGAAAGAUCAUCAGUGGCACCCUUCAGCUCAGUCCUAGCCCAGCUUCCUUGGACAGGUAUCUUUAACUUGUGGUGGCCCAACUCUAGCUCUGACCCAACCCUAACCACUGAAUCAUGCCCCGCACCUCAUUCGUGAGAUAUUAUUCUAUGAGCUGUUUCAGUAUUCUGGUGAACUCUUUGCCUUCCCCUUAACUUGAUUCUGUCUGGCAUUUACAAACCAGCUCCAACAUUGGAUUCUCUCUCUCCUAAACUACCA